CGUCUCUACUGCAAAAGGACUUCAGUUCCCAGCAGUCUCCAAGGCAGCGUACCCGUGACGUCACAGAAGGUAUAAAACGCUAUCGAGUAGCGUUUCAUUCUCUAUUGUUACGUUAUAACGAACUGGAGUAAUGCGCAGCAGUGCUGGUCCUCUGGCAAAAAAAGGAACGACUUAUUGUUUUAAAACUACACCUUUCGUGCUGGCUAAAGAUUUUAAUGUUUGCUUUUAUUUUAAUUACACCGGUUGUUAAAACGCCCAUUUAAAAAAGAAAAUGGACUCGAACCGGCCUGUUCUCGGUUUGAUCUAUUUUAACACAGCUAGCUGUUUGCUAAAGACAUCUUCUUCGUCGGUUGUUUACUGCAUGUUCUCGUAAAGUAUUACCUUUUUAUUUGAGCUGACCGAGAUUAUUGUCUGACGUUCUUUUCCAUGUUAAAAAGCUCCUCACCAUUUAAGUCAUAGCUUUCCAUUCCUGUAUCACAAACUAAGUAAAAUACAAACUAAACAAAACCAAGUGCUGCAUUAUGUUCGCUUUGUUCAUAGACUAAUAUGCCUACAUGUUGCUGCAUAGAGAACCGUGGCUCAGCAAACCGGUCUUUCUCUUCUGACAAGACCACUUUCUCUGGUUAUAAGUCGCCUUUGUCUCUCAUCUGCUAACCCUGUGGACCACCGGUGAAUUUUGCUAAUACCGACGGCCCGGACAACAAUUUGACUAUCUGGAAGGCUUUCUGUUUGUAAUUCAAGUUACAGAUGUGCACACUGAUGCCACACCAAAUUUCAUCCUAUAAGACUCGGUGGUCUGGCCUUAUCUCCACCUCCAAUUGAUGACCAUGCGCCAACCACUUCAGACUUCUCAGAACCUUGUCCUGGACCUGCCUUUCAGGUUUUGUGCAAACUCAUUCAACCAUUCCUAUGUUACAGCUGUCUGAGUAAACCAAGCUCCACCCUACUAAGAUUGAUUGAACAUCAAGUUUCCAUGGAGACGGUAUCAGGUCUUGGCCUAAAGCGCAGAUUUGAGGAGGUGGACAGCGGCUCACCAUGCUCGAUGCUCAAAGUAUCAGAUGAUGAUGUCUCAAGCAGUGACAGUGUGGAUAGCUGUGAUAGUCUCAAUGCCCCCUCCAGCUCCCUCACACCCACUUCCAUUCUUAGACGACAGAAAACCUCUCUGGGCCAUAAACGGGUACGUUUUGAUGCUGUGACAGUUUACUAUUUCUCCAGAAGGCAAGGCUUCACUAGUGUCCCUAGCCAAGGUGGAAGCUCAUUGGGUAUGGCACGGCAUCACUGUGCCAUACGUCAGUACACACUGGGGGAGUUCGCCCGAGAACAGGAAAGCAGCCACCGCAACAUCCUACGCCAGCACCUGCGCCAAGAGAAGCUGAAUGCUCGCAAGAUGAAGUUAACACGGAAUGGCACAGUGCAUUGUGCCCAAGCAGACCUUCUGACACUGGAUGACGUGUCUGAUGAGGAUCUGAAUGUGGAGGGUGUCGAGGUGGAUGAUUGUUUCUUCCUACAGCCACUGCCUACCAAGAGGCGACGGGCACUAUUGCGUGCAUCCGGUAUUGCUCGCAUUGAUGCCAGAGAGAAAAUGGAGCUCCGUGCCAUCCGGCUGUCACGUGAGGAAUGUGGCUGUGACUGCCGCUUCUACUGUGACCCACACCAGUGUGGCUGCAGCAGAGCAGGCAUCAAAUGCCAGGUGGAUCGCAUGUCAUUCCCAUGUGGCUGUUCUAGAGAUGGCUGCCAUAAUGCAGCAGGGCGAAUUGAGUUCAACCCCGUCCGUGUUCGCACUCACUUCUUACACACAAUUAUGAAGCUAGACAGGGAGAAAAGACAUCUGCUAGGCUCUAGAUUUGGAGAAGACUUUAAGAAAGAAACUGAGCUGACCACUCUUCCUUCAUGUGGUCGCUCUUCCAUGGACUUGGGAGUAGAGGUGAAAUCAGAGGCCUUGAAUGAGCAGGAGAUACUAGAAGAACAAUGCCAUAGCCUGGAGCAUGAGAAUGAAACUGCUGUGCUCCACCUGCAGAGUGCUGAGGAGCAGGAAAGGAGAAGGGAGCGGGAAGAGGAGGAGGCACACAGAGAGGAGGUGCAGAGUCCAAAAUUGUGCCUUUUGCAUGAGGAGUUGAGCAGCCAGGAGGAAGCUGGGAGUAUGGUUGCAGUAGACCAAAUGUUCUUUCAGGACACUUUUCAAGGAGGAGCAACACUGCUAUGCAUAAAAAAAAACCAGGAGGAUGCUCUUAGUCUGAAUGAGCCAUCUUCUGUCUUCUAUUAUCAGAUAGACCAUGUGGAGAAUGCAGCAUUUAAGAUUCAUCACAAGCAAGAGGAGGAGUCCAGAAAAGGUAAAGAGCCACAAGGUGGACAAGAAGAAGGAGAGGCCAGGGGCAAAUGCCACAAUACCCAAACCUGCAUGCAGGAUCAUGCUGAGAGCUCCACGUUUGAGCAACCUUCUCCUUCAUGUCCAGAAAGUAUUAAAGGGGCUGAAGAAGGCCACUCUAUCUCUGAACAUGGCCACAGUAGCACAGAUUUUCAAGAGACUUACCCACUGAUAGAAGAUGAGGAAAUAAAACUUCCUUCAGAGGUUUAGAGCCUGGCAACACUGCAGAUAUUUUGCACUAAGACUUGUGUAGUGAAGAUCAAGACAGCCAAUUCUUAGAUUGAGAGAGAUUAACACUUACUGACAUUGGUUUGUUUUUAGAAAUAAGCAUGCACUCUUUUUGAGGUAAUUUAAAUUUUAUUGAAAAAAAAAUAGAAUAAUAAAUUAUUAUUAUAUAAUAUAUGAAGCAAAGAGGGAAGACUUGGUGGAACUGGAGGGAUUGUAUAUUUCUUCUGCUGCAGUAUCAAUUUAGUAUGUGUGGUACUGGUGGAAACUGUGGCCUUUAUGCCUAAGAGCAAACAGGAUGACCCAGGUAGGUCUUUGCUGAUGCCUUGAUUUUUUCCAGUGAAUUUAACCAAUGAUCCAUUCAGACUAUUAACCAUAAAACAGUAGCUUGAAAAUGCUCCAUGGGUGUUUUUGGGAUGUCGGUAAUAAAGCUGAACAAGGGCCCCUGAUGGAUGCGAUCUCCACAUUACAUAAAUUCUUGUUUUUUAUUUUUACAGUUUGCUAUAUGCAAAUAAAGUCUUGUGUACAUUAACCACAUUAGAGUUAAUCGGCAUGGUAAAUGAUUGUGCAAUUAUUUUGCACAUGUAUUACAUUAUAUAGUCAAAUGUUGUUGGACACCUGUUGCAACAGAUGAUAUACAGAAACAUUUGACUAUAUAAUGAGCCUAGCCCAACAAGUUUCCAGCAUGAUCAUUCCCUAUGAGAGUGCCAGGUCCAUUAAGACAUGGUUUGCCGAGGUUGAAGUGGAAGACCUCAAGAGGCUUACACAGAUCCCUAAAGUCAACCCCACAGAACACAUUUGGGAUGAAAUUGAAAUGCCAGUUGCACCCAGGCUUUCCUGCCUGACAUCAGAACUUGUCCUCUUUUGGCUUAUUAGACAAAUACCAGUUUUUUAAGGGAAGAGUGAUUAUGAAAUGGGACAUUCAAAAAGCACAUAUGGAUGCGAUGGUCAGGCACCCACAAACUUUGUGCAUAUGAACAUAUAGUAGCAAAGGUAUGAACUGGUGUCAGAUGAGCACCACCUGUUUAAGAAACUUCUUUUUGGUGAAACAGAUUACAUUUUACCACUGUUAAAAAUAUGUGUAUGGAAAAUAAAUGAAGUAAGAAAUAGCAAAAAUAGCACUGUUAUUUCAUAUAUGUAAAUUACAUGUAAUUAAUUUAUAUUGUUAAUAUCAUUGCUAAAAUACAGACUUCAUUUGACUUUCAGCUGUGAUACUUCCAGGGCACUGCCUCCUUCUUGGUGAAAACUCUCCUGUUAAGUAAUUUCUUUAUCCUGAAUAUGGUUACAGUGGUUCAGGAGAGUGACUUUUGACACUCUAAAGUAAAUAAUCAUAGCUACAGGCUGUGGAUGGAUUGCCAGUUAUGAUGAGGUGUGUGUACAUUUAUAGUGUCAAACAUAAUGAUUUAGUAUAGAAUAGCCCACAAUGUUUUUACAAAGUCAUGAUGACUAUAAUUUCAGUCAAUCAUUAUCAUAUAAUAUUUUUCGUUAACGAAAUUUCAUUAAUUUAUUUGCACUUAUGGUCUGCAAAGGUAUGUGGAUAAUGAAGUUUUUCUUCUUUGUAUAUGCUAAUUGUGUGUUCACUCCUCUGGUAAAAACCCAGAAAUCUAGGAUGACCAGCAGUUAAUAUGGAAACUUGGAAAUGCUGCGACUAGUCAUAAUAGUUUGGACGCCAUUAGAUGGGCAAAUGUGGUGUAGCACUAUAGCACUAUUUCUGACUGUGCCAAUAAUAUACCAUAAAUCUGCAGCCCUUUUUAGUGCUUUAAACAGAGGAUUUUACACCUGGGAAAAAAAUUAUUUUCUUUUAUCACAUAUAUUAAUUCCUUUUCCUUACCCCUUCCAAUGUUGUAGGAAUUUAUUGACAAUGUCAGCGAAAAAAAAAUCUGUAAAAUUUUAUUUGUAUUGUGCUUUUAAAAAUUGAUGUGUAAAGAAGAUUUUUAUACAGUAUCCUGUUUUUUUUAGCACCCAUUAAACAUAGUUUAGCUGGUAAUAUAAGAAGUAAAAAUAUGUGUCUGUAAAUACUAUAUGUAGAGGAAGAAUGGGUGUGUAUUUGAAUGUUUUAGCAUAUAUUCAUAUGUGUAUUGAAAGUUAGGUUUGAAUGAUGGGGUGUCCUGUUCAAAAAGGUGCUCUUUGUGGUAGGUUUACAUAUUAGUACAAAUGCUCUGUAAAGAAUAACAUAACAAUAAUAAUAAUAAUAAUAAUAAUAAUAAUAAUAAUAAUCCCUUGGUCACAGAGAUAAUCAUAUUUGCUGGUAAAGCUACAAUACAUUUUAGGUAGCACUACAAACCUUUUGUCCACAGGAGAAUUGUCAGAUUUCUCAGUGUAUGUAUUCAGCUUUAGUUAUACAUAUAGCUAGGCACUGAUAAUAGUGGGUCUUUAUUUUAAUUUACCACUCAGUAUUGAAUAACUUGGUUGAAGAUCAUGACCUUUGUGAGCACAUAGAGCUGCUUCUUCAUCUCACAGCAGCUUCACGACACUAUUUUGAGCCAGUCGUUACAUUUAAGGCAAAACCUGCAAUAAUAAACAUUUUGCAAAUGACUAAUCAUAAGAGUAAAUAUAUUUGAUUUGUACUGUCAUGGUGUGACUGAAAAUUAAACUGAAUCUGUAACUGUA